AUGGCUUCAUCUCGACCUCGAUACACAUACGAUGCGUUAUUGAGCUUUAAAGGCGAAGACACUCACAACAACUUCGUCAGUCAUCUCUACACUGCGUUGGCUCAUAAGGGGAUUCACACCUUCAAAGACGAUGAAAACCUCGAGAGUGGAAAAUCAAUUUUGCCGGAGCUCUGGAGUGCGAUUCGAGAAUCGAGGUUUUCAAUUAUAGUUUUAUCGAAGAAUUAUGCUUCUUCGAGAUGGUGUUUGGAUGAACUUGUGGAGGCACUUGAAUGCAGCAACACAACUGUUUAUCCGAUAUUCUAUCAUGUGGAUCCAUUGGAAGUGAGAAGGCAAAGAGGGAGUUUUGGGGAGGUAUUUGACGAAUUGGUUUCCAAACAGGGAGUUCUGGGAAUGAAGAAUGUUCAAAGGUCUGAAUCAAUGUUCAUCCAAGAAGUUGUCGGGUUACUUUUUAGAAAAUUAAGUCAUACAUAUUCAAGCAUUGGCGAAGAUUUAGUUGGGAUGGAUUCUCGUAUGGAGAAAGUGAUUAAAUUGCUAGGUUUAGGGGUGGAUGAUGCUCGUUACAGCUUUAUUGAGAAUGUUAGAGAAGUUUCAAAAAAAUGCGGUUUAAAAACUCUGCAAGAACAACUCAUUUCUGAAAUCUUAAUGGAAAAUGAUUUGAAAGUAGGAAGUGAUGGUCGUGUAGUACAUAUGAUAAGGAACAUGGAAUGUCGUAAAAAAGUUCUUAUUGUGCUUGAUGAUGUGGAUGAAUCAACCAAACUCAAAAAUUUGGGAACAAAAAAAGUGGAAGGCAUAGUUGUACAAUAUCCUGACCCAAGUGGUCUAGAUUCAAAGGACUUUCCGUUUCUAAAACAAUUGAAGUUGAGGCCUAAAGCUUUUGUAAAGAUGUCGAACUUGAGGAUUCUCAAAAUUUGUUGUAUGCACCUCUCAGAAGACCUCAAAUACCUUUCUAACAAGUUAAGAUAUCUUGAUUGGUUAGGGUACCCUAUGAAAUACAUGCCCUUAACAUUUCAACCAAAGCAUCUUGUUAAACUUCACUUAACCUAUAGCGACAUUGAACAACUUUGGGAGGGAACAAUGCAUUUAGACAAGUUAAGAAUCAUGAAUCUUAGUCACUUGACAUACCUAACGAAGAGCCCAGACUUCAAAGGGGUCCCAAAUCUUGAGAGAUUGAUUCUUGAAGGUUGUACAGGUUUGGUUAAUCUUCAUCCAUCCAUUGUAGUUGUCAAAAGGCUUAUUUGUUUGAAUUUGAAGGACUGCAAAAAUCUCAAGAGUCUUCCAUGCGGCAUUCAAUUGGAAUAUCUUGAAGUUUUUAUUGUCUUUGGGUGCUCAAAGCUUGUCAACAUUUUAGUCAGCAUGGGAUAUACGAGAUGUUUAUCAAAGCUUCGUUUAGCUGGGGCUGGUAUCAGUGAACUUCCACCUUCAUGGAAACAAUAUGGAAAGUUUACCUGCAAGCAUGAAUCAACUCUCAAGGUUGUCGGGCUUGUAUUUGAAUGGUUGCAAGAAGCUUCAAGAAUUGCCAGAGAUUUCAUCUGA